ACCUUGCCGACCAAUUAGUGUGCACUGCUGUGAAAGAUUUUACAUUAAAAAUAUGGAAGUCUGAUACUGGGGAGUUGCUCCACUCCUUAUUAGGGCAUGCCGGACGCAUCGACCACUUACUAAGUAAUCCUGUCUAUGAAAACAUUUUUAUGAGUGCUGCCGAGGACGGAGUUGUUUGUAUUUGGGAUGUUCUGUUUGGGCGCGUGCUUUGGAGUGAUUGUAAUUAUGAUCCAACAUUUCCGCACAUCAAACAGAAAAUACGAGACUGCCGCUUUUCUAUGGAUGGAAACUCUAUAGUAUUAACUGUUGGUUUAGAUGAUCAUAAAGCUAAUGCUCUUCACGUCACUCAUUACGGUUACUGUGCUUAUUAUACUCACGACACGCCACUCGGCAAUCAAGUGCCAACCAAUCAAUUUUUUAGAAGUGAUUAUAUGGAUGAACUCGUUUAUGAUGAAAAUGGAAAUUUCAUUGACACGCGGCCGGAUAUAAUCGAAGACGAUUUGGUGGAUUAUACGUUUGUGGAUAAAAUUUUUGGGAUUACUGUCUACGACGAAUCACAGCAGCAGGAUCUCAACAAGGCACGUCCCAUAUGGCCAUCCACAUGGAAAAAUUCACUAUUCUGUCGUUCUCGCGAGUUUUUGGAAGUACAACAUAGAGAAUCGUUACUCUAUGCUAUACCAACUCCCCAUCAAAACUACUACGACGCUCAACUACGUAAGAGCAGGCGGGCUGCUCGACCUAAUGGCCUUGUGAUAGACGAAUGUGUCGUAAACAAGUCACGUGUUCAGGUUGUUACGUUGAAUCCUGAUUCAUUGGAUCAGUUUGAGCACCCGUAUUUCGAACCGAAGCCCGUCUACCGGGUUCUCCGGCCUGAGUCCCUACAAAAUGAGAACCACACACUUCGCUUGCACGUGAGAGAAGAAAUCCUUGAAGAACCAGAAGCCAAUGAAGAAGAAAUUAAAACAGAAAGUGAUUUAUGCUCGAGCGACGAAGAAUACGAUUAUUAUAACGCGAGAGAUAUAUACUUCCACGAAAGGACCAUCAGCACUAGAAGCUUCCGUGCUCAGAAGCAAAAUAUAGAUAUUGAUGAGUUUAUUCCUUCAUCAUCGACCAUGUCUAUUUCGCAAGCACGAAGAAACUUUCUUAAACAACGGAAACAACGAGAGCAGCGAGAGGCAGAAAGAGAAUACAACCAACAACAACAAGCAAAGCUUGAAAGGCGCGCGAAAAGGCGGGCAACCUCAAGGAAUACACUGAGACACGCUGCUUAUAACGAUGAGCGGGACUGGCAGGAAUUUGCCCCAUCGCCUUGGAUAACAGCGUCGGAGCCCUCGCUCACUCCGUAUACUCCACAAGUUGGUGAUACUGUUGUCUAUCUGAGGCAAGCACAUGCUAGAUAUGUACAGUCAAUGAAGGACGAUAAACUUUUGCAUCUUUUAGGAAAAGUUGUUUAUCCCUGGAGAAAGUACAGAAACUUUCCGGUUGCCCUGAAAUGCAAAGUAAAAGCUUUAAAAUAUUUUGUUGGGCCGCCGACCACGUGUCAGGUAAGGCUUCAGCCAGUAGAGUCACCUGAUUUUGAGAACAUAGGAAGUUUUACGGUGAGUUUUCACGACAAGCCUGGUGUUGCCGAUCUUCUUAUCCUCGCCUCUCGUUAUGAAGCCUCUGUUUUACAAAACUGGCAAAUUGGUACGAAAGUUCAAGCCAUGUUUGACCAAAAAUGGUACUCUGGAACUAUAAGCGGUAUGCAACCAGCUGACUCUCGCUUUCCUGAGUCUCACUUUGAGCGGUAUAUCAUUCGUUGGGACGCCGGCUCGGACGAAGCACACGAAAGUUUAGAAUGUAUUGACCGUUUGAGCGCGUGGGAUUUGGAGCCUUAUGAAAUAUCCUCCUUCUAUGGAGAAAAUUAUCGACCCUUCGAAGAACGAAUUGAACAGCGCGAAGUUGACCGGCUUAUUGCCGGCUUCACAAGUUUGUUAGAACACGAAUACACCAAUCCCUUUGUUGCUCCCGUGGACUACGAUUCUUAUCCAGAAUAUCUGAAAAUCAUACCAUAUCCUGUUGACUUGAGUCUUGUUAUUGCGCGUCUCCGUUCGGGCUAUUACCGUUCCAUCGAGGGCUUGUUUUGGGAUGUCAAGCAGAUUCAAAAAAAUUGUGAACUUUUUAAUGAAGAAGAAAGUGACAUUGUGCUUAAAUCCUAUUGGCUAGAAAGGGAACUUGAAAAUAUUAUUUUCAAUUUUUCAACGAAACUAGAUAAUAAUACCAAUAAAGUUAACGAAGUCUCGAAUGGUUUACAAAAAUUUAAACAAACUGCAUCCCCACAAAUCACUACAGAGCAAGAUAGCUCUAUUGUUGAGCAUUGCUUCUCUCCAAUGGUAGAGAGUUCGGAGGAAAAGAGCACACCAUCUACGAAAGAAAAUAUGCUUUUGUCAUUGGUCCAUGGAAGCUCUUCCGAGGAGGGGGACAACAAAAAUAGUGAUGAUAAAACCAGCCAACAUUCUCCCGAUAAGCAAGAAUGGCAUUUGUCAACUAUAAAAGAUACUACUUCUUUUCGAGCAAAAAGAAGAACGCGUUCUGAUACGCAGAAAAAGUCUAAAUAUUUUUACCGUGAAUGCUCUUCAUCUUCUGAAUCCAGUUCUUAUGAUUCGUUAAAAGAUACAAGCUUCCAUAGCUAUACUGCAAAAAGGAAGAGCGGGAACGCUUUUCAACUUUUGGAAAGUUCACCCAAAAAAAGAAAAGUUGGAAGGCCUAGGAAAAACCAGACGUCCAUGAUCUGCUCGCUUUUAGCUGGAUCGGAUACGGAAAAUACAGUCAACUCCCGAACAACGAGGCAUUCCUGCCAUAAAAAUAUUCAGUCUGACCAAUCCCAGAACACAUCAGUUGUUCAACUUGACGAGCGAGAAGAAUGGACACUUCGCUAUAUUUCAGGGAUGAGAGAACUUGGUGCAUUAUUUGUGAAAGUAUCCAAUCAAAUGAGUGACUUGUAUAAGGAAGAGCCAUUAUUGUUAAAGGAAUAUCAAAAGUUGGCUAAUAAAAUAACGAAUAAAAUUCAGCAACAGAAAUAUGAUAAUUUGUUGCAGUUUUACACGGACUUGAGGCUCCUUUUGAACACUUUGAAAGUCGUCAAGUUUCAAGGCGAGCUGGAAGCCUACGAAAAUCUGUUUUUACAGAAACUCAAGGAAAAGAGUGAAACGCUCACAACCUAUCGCUUUUCUGUUAUACGAAAAAAAGGCGCCAAGAAUAUUUUUCUUCCUCUCCUUGUUCUCCAUACCCAACUUAUGGCCCAACCGGACGCCGUUCCUUUUAUUGAGCCAAUCUGUGACCAAAAUUACUUAAAAGUUAUUGAACACCCGAAAUGUUUGAGGGAAAUAUUAAAAAGUCUCUGCUAUUCUUCAAAAGACUUUGAAUAUAAUAUUUAUCAGUAUGCCCACGACGUUAGACUUAUUAUUGAAAAUUGUAAACUUUAUAAUCAGGAAACUUCUUCUUUUUAUCGAUGCGCUGAGAAACUUGAGACUUAUUAUUCUUCUAAACUUUCUAAGUUUACUGAAAAGUUUGCAGUUGAAAGAUGUUUUAUCGAUGCUUCUUAUUGCAGUCAUGAAGUUCUCAAUACUUUUCAUGCGGAGAUUCAGGAUGAAAAACUUUUUCGAAAAUUCAUAAGUGUAUAUCAAAAACUUGAACGAAGUGGCGCGUCCAGCCAAGAAGUUUUAUAUCAAUAUUUAAGCGAAUUGCUUAUAUUUAUAAACACUCACCAGUUUUUAUCGGAAGAAGAUAGGGAGGCUUGCCUCUCUUUUUUAUUAAAAAAGAUGAAGUUGAUUUUUAGCGCUGUGGUAAGGGAUGUCUCAUAAAUACUGGAAAGGAAUAUAUUUUAUUUAAGACGU